AAGGGAGAUGACGGCCUCCAUGUUUUAGAAGGAAGACACUGGUGGAGUUAACAAUAAGUACAAGAGAAAUCACAACAUAAGGAAUCACACAAAGACCCAGACAAAACUUGAAAAGGCUGGAAAUGAACGUGUGGUCAAGUUUCUCCCACUAGAAUGCCACAUUGUUGAUCCUAUGAACAUAAUGAAUUCUAUCUCUGAAAUGCAUGUGGAUAGGCCUGUAGAGGGGCAGGUACGUAGGAAACGUGGCCGCCCUCCCAAGAAAUCUAAAAUGCCUUUACAAACCGAACCAUGCCCUCCUAGUUUACAAGGAAAAAAGGAUGCAGAUACAUUAUCUGCAACAACAAAUGUUGCUCCUUUAAACACAAAGUGUGCAAAAGCUGUCAAUGGCAACUCAUGCAACACACCUGAUGUGGAACCUUCUCUAAACCAUGAACGUAUUAACUCUGAAAAUCCUAUCUGUGACUCCUCCAAUCACGAUCUUAAACCUCCAGAUUCUAUCCCAGUGCCACAGAAAAGGAAGAGGGGUCGACCAAGAAAAACUGUUAACACAGCUAUAGGGGGAGCAACGGCAGAUUCUGGUACUCCUGGUGUGGGGGCGCCUGUGAAGGAAUCCACAAAGUCCCCACCUCACUCAGGUGUGCACGAUGCGACAGAAGUCCACCCUGGAGGGAGACCGAGGAGGACGAGAGGGAUACUGCACAAUCUCACCCCAGAAGGAAGGGGACCUCCAGAAGUUGAGGUAUCUAUAUCCAGUGGUAUUUCAGAGAGACCAGAGAAAAAAGUAAGCAGACAUCAAAGUACCCAGAAGGAUAGUAAGGUGUUGAGCAACUCUGCCAGCUUGGAUGACAGCAGUGUGCCUGGAAGAAGGAAACAAAUGGAGGAGGAUGGAGUGUUGAAAAAUACAAUCACUGAUCCUCAACCUGUGGUGGGCCUAAAACGCAGAGGACGACCUCGGAAGAAGUCAACAGUCAUGAGGCAGGUGGCGCUAGCACUGAUAGGAUUACAAUCAAAUGAAGCAGCUGUGACUCCCCAGGAUAAAAAGCAGUGUGGUCCCACAACUUCUGUCAACACCAACCCUGAAAAGUCACUCAAUUCCGGGAUCGAUACAAGGCCAAAGUUGCCCGGGGAUGUUUAUUCUCAACAAGCUGUUAAAUCUCUAGAUGCCGUAGGCUCUCAUGGAAUAAGGUCAGCUAGGAGUGGUGAAGUCUUCUCUAAAGUGAAGAUGGAGGAAAUUGAGUUGGAACUAGACAAUGAUCAUCAAAUGUCAGAUUAUUUACAGUGCUACACUGACACCACUGUGAAAUCUAACCCUGUUAUUAACUGUGAUGAAACCGAAUUAGAAAAGCCAUUCAAAAUUGACAAACGCAGAGGGAAUUUCAAAAUACUGAGGGAGAUGCAAGAACACCAGAAAAUACCUCAGAGCACUCACUUUGUUAAAAAGGCUCGAAAGAAAAAAAGGUCUUGGUGGGAUGACAGAGGGAAUCUCCAAAGUAAGAUCUCAGCGACAGAAUCUCAACCUGACGGAGCAAAAGCUGAACCCUGUAACUCCAAGUCUGAAUCAGAAAUCCUGCCAGGUGAAAACACAGCUAGUCACCCAAUCAGAAACGAAAGAAGACUAGAGGAGGAAGCUGUAAACAGACUUAAAAGUAGUAAACGCAGGACUCGGCGGCGACAGGGCGACCCAUCAAAGCGUGUGGAAUGUGAGGUCUGUGGUCACACUUUUAAAUACCAAUGUCUGUAUAUUAUUCACAAACGUACUCAUACAGGGGAAAAGCCUUACAAGUGUUCUGAUUGUGGCAGGGAAUUUGCACAGGUUUCUAACUUUAACACGCAUAAGAAGAGACAUAAGUACACCUACCAGUGUCCAUAUUGUAAAAUCAAGAAAUCAAGUGCGAAAGAGUUACGUAUUCACUGCAAGAUGCACAAGGCCCAGAAAUCUAAGACUAUGGACAGAAAGCAGAUUCAAAGCAAUGUCACUGAAGAAUUCAGAGAUUUUUCAAAUAACAAAGCUUACCCUUGUACAUACUGUGGGAAAGUAUUUCGCUUUACGUCUGCGCUUAGGAUUCAUUUACGUAUACACACUGGGGAAAAGCCAUUCACUUGUCAAGUAUGCGGGAAAAGCUUUACUCAGGGCCAUGUCCUGCGCACUCAUAUGGGGACACACUGGGCUGUGAAACCUUAUUCUUGUAAUCGAUGUGGAAAACAGUUCUUAAAAAUUAACAUUGCAGAAAGGCAUGUAUGCUGCAGAUACACUGUCAAGCAUGAAGAACCUUCAUUAUCUUACACAUGCCAUGUCUGUAAAAAGACGUUUUCCAAAAAGAGUCAGUACAAUAACCAUUUGCAAACCCAUUCUGGUGCAAAGCUUUUCUGCUGUUCGUUCUGUGAUCAGCUCUUUGGUGAUUUGUCCGAGUAUAAUGCACAUAGCCAAGCAUGCUCUGAGGAAAAUACUCAUUCAUCCCUUCCAAGUGUCAAGGAUCAGUCAGCAGCAACACAGUCAGCCUCAUUACAGAGAAGUGAACCCUUGGGGCCACUGAAACCCAGAGGCCCCCAGACCUCACAGACCCGCCCCAAAAAGAUUGUGUCCUGUAUCCUACCCUUCCAAACAAGCAUCAUACCCUCCCAUCAUUUCUCCCACUUUGUAUCCAAGUUAAACAGACUAGAUCAGAGAUCAGACCCCAGGAAGUACUUAUGCCCACGCUGUGGGCGUUUGUUCAGACACAUGGGGCGGCUCAGGGCCCACAUGCUUACUCACGCCCGUGACCAGACGUACACCUGUGGCCGCUGCGGCAAGACCCUGGAGAACUGGAGAAAGCUCUGGCAACAUCAGAGCGUCCACCGGCAGAAGACUGGACGGUUUUCCUGUCCUGAGUGUGGCCGCGGGUUCCGCUUCGUGGGGCCCUAUAAGAAGCACAUGAAGGAACACCCUGAGUACCGGUGGAUUCAGCAGAGGCCCAAUAGAGCCUUCCCCGGCCUCGCACGGCAGCCCCUGCUUCUGCCUUAUCAGUGUGAGGAGUGCGACGCAAGCUUCGAGGCUCUAGAUUUGCUGUUCAGUCACCAGCUUGGCCAUUCCCCCUCACAGUACUCAGACAAUGGCUGUGACACGGAGUAUCGUUCAGACACUGAAGACCACGACGCACAACAAGGCAUAACUUUAACCCUUAGCCCUCACACGGUCAGCUGUGGAACAAACUCGCACCCUGGACCGCAUCAUCCCUACCAUUACCCCUCCCUGCCUGGGAGUUCUGACCAACCCUGUUUCCUGUCAAAUCACGCAGACCCACUUUACGCCCUGUCACCACAGACAACUUCUGCCUCCUUACUCCAAAGUCCCAAUGUCCCACAAAGCCUCAGACCUUUUCAAACCGACUUAACUCCCACCAGCUCCACUUCGGGCCCACAGGCACAGACAAUGGCCAGACUACACGAACAAGAAAGUAGUAUAUUUGGGAAGCCAGUUCGAAAGUAUGAAAAAACAACUAAAGUCAACAAUAACAGUUGUUCUUUCAUCAGGACAAGGGAAAGCACAGGUGUUGGUGUUAAGUGUGUGGAGUGUGGCGAGAUGUAUUCUGUCAUAUCAGACCUGUAUGAUCAUUACUUGCAGCAUGCCAGGGGAGAGUUGUGAUGUAGAAGUACCCUCACCCUCAAUGUCCCAGGUCAAUCAUGUGUGCCAUGUGUGAUCAGGAACGCUUUAUGGUCAAAUGCACAGAAGGUUUGGUUCUAUUUUCAGGUCAGGAGUGUAUAGAGACCCUUACUUAAGAGGUUAAUGCUAGGUUUGAUUUUUGUAUGCUCGAUUUUUAUCAUGGGGUGCAGGUUAUACUACACUAAUGACAAUGAUCAUUAAAGAAAACAAGAUUGAGUUAGUUAUGAAUUGAACAUUCUCUACUGAAAAUAUUGUGAAUUGAAACUGUGUUUUUUACUUUUAACUUUUUUGUCCAAGAAAAUUUCAGAGAGCUUCAGCCAUUGUGUAAAACAUGUUAUGGUAUUAUUGUUCAGUAUUAUUUGAUAGUUAUACAAGACACAUUUACAGAAAAGACUAACUGGAGUUUUCUACUUUCUUUUUCUUUCUAGUUUCUAACAUUGAAAUUAGUUGAAAAUCAGCAAGCCUACUUCGUCUGGCUAUUUAUCAGUUUGUUAUCCCACAGAAUGUGAAGGACAACAAUAAAGUUGACUUAUUUCAAAGAACAGAACUGGAAUUUGGUUUCAUGGAAAUACUGUGGGUUGUGUUGAUCGAUAAUCCGUUCGAACAGAAACCCUUAACAGGCACUUGAAGCACCAUCACAACAUAUCCAUCCAGUCCUUCACAACGGUAUUUUGUAAAGUUUUGACAGUGUUAAAUUCUGACGUUACGACAGUGCCGUACAGGGUUCUAUGCCUACGUCAAAACGCUUGUCAACGCUAAAAAUGUUAAACUGAUUUUUUUUUUUUUUACUUAAUUGCUUUUCUCUCUUGAUCUUUUUAGUAUUCUGAACAACAUAACACACGUGGUAUAUUUUGUAUGUAGAUUGUAACAUGUAUGACAACUGAACAUGUGCAUGAGGUGGAACCGUCUUUGCAGUCCGAUGCUGAAUGAACAUCUGGAGGGAACGUGAUGGAUGAUUUAAUCAAUGAUACCUCGGGGUGGUGACCUGAACUCUGUAUUUUGGUAUAUUUGUGAAUAAAACGUCUAAUGAAAAUAUGAUCUAUCUUGUGUGUGAUGAUGUCAGCGUUGUUAAUAUACAACUGGCACUGAGUCUCUUUAAAGGAGUAUGGGGCGGCAUUAAAUGUACAUAUUUUAAUGAAAAACUGUAAACAAGAAGAUGAAAACGAUAAAGAGCAGAUGGUAUUUGUUACUUUCUAACACAUUGAUAACAAGGACACACAAUCAGGUAGGCCUACUGCAUGGUCUUAUUGAAUUUUAGGCACCUCAUCAUAAAUGUAGGCCUUAGAGAUAAACACUGCUUUAACUAAUAAUUUUAAGAAAUUCAGAAAAUGUUAUAUCAAACUGAUAUAAAGAUUAUCUUCCUCCCGUUCUACUGCUGUGAUUUCCCACCAUUACAUUACUGCUCAUUUGACAUGUAAAUAGAGGUUGCUUCACAGUUGCAUUCAUUCCAUAGCCUGCUGUCUACUGUGUAAAUGCUUGUUUAAU